UAAUUUUCAAGGUCCUCGGACGCCCUUCUCUUCUACAUAGGCACCAGCAAUACCGCUCCCACUCGCCACACUGAAAGAAACUAGUAAGGUAGCCACCAAAGAGAGCAAGGCAUGCAUGGAGCUCGCAACGGCGGCUCUGGGAAGCCUCCUCCCCAAGCUUGGCACCCUUCUCAGCGAUGAAUACAAGCUGCAGAAGGGGGUCAGGGGGGAGAUCAGGUUCCUUCAAACUGAAAUGGAGAGCAUGCAGGCUGCCCUCGAAAGGGUGUCCAGGCUCCCUGCUCAUCAAAUCGAUGAUCUUAAUAAGCUCUGGGUGAGGGAUUUGAAGGAGCUGGUCUAUGAUAUUAAGGACAGUGUUGAUACUUUCAAGGUCCGUGUCCAUAAUGAUCCUGAACAUGCCAAGCCGCAUAGCUUCAGAAGAUUUUUCGACAAGACCAUUGGCUUGCUGACCAAGGCCAAGAGUCGGCAUCAUAUCGCUGAUGACAUCCAAGACAUCAAGAAACGCAUCGAUGAUGUUUCCAAAAGGAAAGAAAGGUACAACUUUUUGGAUGCUGGAGUGCAGCCUAACACAGUCGAAAUUGAUCCACGCAUGCCGUCUCUCUACCAAGAUGCAGCAAAGCUCGUUGGCAUCGAUGGCCCUACACAGAAGGUUAUCGACUUGCUAAAAGGAGGAGAAGGUGUGAAAAAAAAAAGAAUCUAAGGGUUGUCUCUAUUGUUGAGGUGGGAGGCCUUGGCAAAACAACCAUUGCCAAUUCCGUGUAUGAGAGAUUACAGGGAAAAUUUGAGAGUCAUGCUUGUGUCAGUUUCACUUAAACCUGACAUGAAGCAGAUUCUCAGCAGCAUACUCCGGCAAGUUAGUAAAGACAAGUGUACUAAUGCUGGAGAAAAGGAUCGGGAUGAACUUCUAAGGAGCAUCCGGGAUUUCCUCGUCAAUAAGAAGUACCUUAUUGUAAUUGAUGAUGUAUGUAAUGUAGAUGCAUGGGAGAUCAUCAAGUGUGCUCUUAUUGACAAGAAUGUUGGCAGCAGAGUUAUUGUGACAACUCGUAACAUGGAUGUGGCCAAAUUCUCUUCAAAGGAU